AUGCUGGGAGAUAACCCUGAAGACGGAAAUGGCAAUGCCCUUCUAGGAAACAUCAAAGUUGUCCCCGACUACAAAGAUCCCGAUGACCAGAAGUAUUCCUGUGAUGGUUCGACAUCAGCUGAGAUGCGAGAUGCCGGUGGUAAGAAUCCGGAGAUAAUCAUCUGUCCAAAGGCUGGCUAUGGCCAUGGCGGCCUCAGCAAAGACUACGAUGGCGUCAAAGCCAUCAGUUGCAGUAAAUUCGACUCCCGGGUCUCGUGGAAGAUGGAAAGUCUUGGCUUAAUCUUCGUUCAUGAGUUUACUCACUAUGAUCUCCUGAUGAAAGAUAUUCUUCCUGAGGGAACGGAUGACGUCGCCUAUGGACCCUAUCUUAGCCAGCGGUUGAACCGCGAGCAAGCGUCAAGGAACGCCGACAGUUACUCGUGGUUUGCAAAUGAGCUGCAUUGGAGUACUGUCUGCGCUAAAGACUAUGGGAAACCCACCAAGAGUGAUGGAGAAGACCCAAUGUGCGACAAUGUUGCCUGUGAAGCUUAG